UUGAGAGCGAGCGAGAGUAGCAAAUGUGCAAGGCGGGGAGAGGGAGGGAGGAGAGCGAGUGCGCAAAUAAGGCACAGCAGCACCAGCGGCGGCAGCAGCGUCAAUGCAUCUGUGACUCUUCGAAUCGGUUGUCUCGAGCUGCCAAUCCUCUGUACAUUUCAGAUUGAGAUUUCACAGGCUAAGAUCUUGAGGACCCCUCGCCAUCAACCGACACACUUCCCGGAGCUCAGUGUUUAAUGUUAGCUCGGCUGUAAGAGACUAUUCUAACGGCCCUGUUCUAUUUAUCCCAGUUUCUUCAAUAUUUAAUGGAAAAUGGCGAACUGCGCUCAGUCCUAUGGUAUCUUCUGUCUGUUCUCAAUCCAAACUAUACUCAUCAUUAGCGUCUCUUCUCCCGCAACGGGGAACCACCGCUUCCCCCAACAUUACACAAUGAUGCACUGGGCCGAUCGCAUUGAGAAGGAUCUGGAGAGGACUCUGCAACUCAUCACUGGAACCCAGCAGAUGAGAGGGAUCUACAAUGAGAAGAAGAGCCAGUUUGACAUCAAGCGGAACAACCCAAAGGACCUGGUGGAGAGAGUGGCACGGGACAUCGCCAAGCUGCUCACCGGCAAGAAGAAAGCCUUAGAGAGGCUGGCCAGGGAAGCGGAACAGUUGCAGACAGAACAUGUCUGGAAGGACGGUAUCAAGGAGAGCGACAUGGAGUACUAUGAUUCGAAAGCGGAUUCGGACUAUACCGAGGACGGGGACGGGGAGGAGAACCUGAUGGAGAAUCCCUACUCCAUGAAGCUGGAGUUUGUGGACGAUCCAAACUUCCCGAAUAAAAAGGUCAAUUACUCCUACAGCGCCGUCCAAAUCCCUACGGACAUCUAUAAAGGCUCACCGGUCAUCCUGAAUGAGCUAAACUGGACCCAGUCUUUGGAGAAAGUGUUCAUUGAUAAUCGCCGGGAGGACAGCUCUCUGCGGUGGCAGGUGUUCGGCAGCGCCACAGGGGUCACGAGAUAUUACCCAGCCGCUCCGUGGAGCAGUACACAGAAUAAGAUUGACCUGUAUGAUGUCCGCAGACGGCCGUGGUACAUCCAGGGAGCGUCAUCUCCCAAGGACAUGGUCAUCAUUGUGGAUGUGAGCGGCAGUGUCAGCGGACUCACUCUGAAGCUGAUGAAGAACUCGGUGGUGAAGAUGCUGGAUACGCUGUCUGACGACGACUACGUGAAUGUGGCCAGGUUUAGCGAGAAGGCCGAGGCGGUGGUCCCCUGCUUUAAGACCUUGGUCCAGGCCAACAAGAGAAACAAGAACAUCUUCAAGGAGUCCAUCAUGAACAUGCACGCCAAAGGAACAACCGACUACAAGUCUGGCUUCCAGUUCGCCUUCGAACAGCUGCUCAAUGACACCGGAGCCCCCAGGGCGGGCUGCAAUAAGAUGAUAAUGAUGUUUACCGAUGGGGGGGAGGAUCGUGCUCAGGACAUCUUUGAGAAGUACAACUGGCCCAACAAAACUAUUCGAGUAUUUACCUUUUCGGUAGGGCAGCAUAACUAUGAUGUCACACCUCUGCAGUGGAUUGCCUGCGCCAAUAAAGGCUUCUACUACGAGAUUCCAUCCAUUGGAGCAAUUCGGAUAAACACACAGGAGUACCUGGAUGUUCUGGGUCGGCCUAUGGUUCUGGCGGGGCCAAGGGCCAAACAGGUCCAGUGGACCAAUGUGUACCAAGAUGCUCUUACUCUAGGUCUGGUCAUUACUGGGACCAUGCCAGUCUUCAACCUAACGGCUGAUGCUAACUCACAGACUCAGCUCGUCCUCGGCGUCAUGGGAGUGGAUGUGGCGAUCAGCGAAAUUAAGAAAAAGACGCCAACAUACAGGCUUGGAGCUAACGGUUAUACCUUUGCAAUAGACCAAAAUGGCUAUUUACUUCUUCACCCCAACCUGCAGCCGAAGAUCAUUAACUUCAUAGAGCCUGUCACUUUGGACUUCCUGGAUGCUGAGCUGAUGGACAGCAAAAAAGAAGAGAUCCGUCGAGAAAUGAUUGAUAGCAAAUCUGGGCAAAGGAAAAUCAAGACCCUCAUUAAGUCAGUUGAUGAGAGGUACAUCGAUGAGGCUAUCCGGACAUACGCCUGGACUCCGGUAGAGGGCACGGACUACAGUCUAGGGCUGGUGUUGCCCACGUACAGUGAGAACCACAUCAAGGCCAACCUGAGUGACCAGAUCCUGCAGGUGCAGUUUCCAUACACCAAGGAUUUUGAAUCACUGCUGCCAAACAGUUUUGAGUCUGAAGGACAUGUGUUCAUAGCUCCCAGGGAAUACUGCAACGAGCUGGAGCUCUCCAACAACAACACAGAGUUUCUUCUCAACUUCAUCGCCCUCAUGGAGAAGGUGACUCCCGACUCCAAACAAUGUGACAGCCUGCUCCUUCACAACCUCAUCCUGGACACUGGCAUCAUCAGACAGCUGGUGGAGAAGGUGUGGAAGACCAAAGACCUUGCAUCAUAUGGCUUUUUGGCAGUGUUUGCUGCAACAGACGGAGGAAUUACCAGAGUUUAUCCCAACAAGGCUGCUGAGACCUGGGAGGAGGACCCCGAGCCGUUUAACGCCAGUUAUUACCGGCGUAGUCUGGACAACAAAGGCUACAUCUUCAGAGCACCUUAUCGUUCCCCCUCCUCCUCCGCCUCCUCAAUGAAUGACGACCUGCUGAACCAAGAGAACGACACCAUUGGGAUCCUGGUCAGCACUGCAGUGGAGAUCACGGUUGGAGGGAAAACCCUGAAACCUGCUGUGGUCGGAGUAAAACUGGACCUUGAGACCUGGGUGACCAAAUUCAAGACCCUGGCUAGUAAUUUCACCAGUUCAAGUGACAACCGUCAAUUACAACAAACGCAGUGUGCACCAUCCGACAGCUGUGAGAUGGACUGCGACUACAACUCUGAAGAUCUUCUCUGUUACCUAUUGGAUGAUGGAGGUUUUCUGAUUAUGUCCAAUCAGAAGGAGCACUCGAACAAGGUUGGCAUGUUCAUCACUGAAGCGGAUCAGUACCUUAUGCAUGCUCUCUACAACAACUCCCUUUACAACCGAAAGCAGUCCCUUGACUACCAGUCUGUUUGUGAACCUGUGCCAACCAGCAACACCGGGGCUGCACCAAGAGGAGUGUUUGUGCCGACCAUUGCAGACUUUGUGAACCUGGCCUGGUGGACAUCAGCCGCCGCCUGGUCCUUAUUUCAGCAGCUGCUUUAUGGAAUGGCCUACCACAGUUGGUUUGUGACAGAUGAGGUGGAGGCUGAGGGGACGGACUCCAAGGAGACCAGCUGUGUGACGAUACAGACACAGUUUUACUUCACUAACGUCAGCAGCUCCUACGGCAUCAUGCAGGACUGUGGAAACUGCUCCAGGCUGAUCCAUGCCAGGAAGUUAAACAACACAAACCUACUGUUUGUGGUGGCAGAGAAGUUGCCCUGCAAUGCCUGUGAGGCGGAGAAAUUGUCCCAGGUGGAGACUGAAUUCAAGGACCUGAACCCUUCGUGUGACGACAUGAGCGCGGCGCGGUAUCGAAAAGGGCCCACCGUGUGCUACGACUACAACAUCACUGAGAACACAUCGGACUGUGGGCGGGGCUACUCUUUCCGGCCAUCCGUCCAUACCCUGCUCACGAUCCAGCUCAUCCUCCUCUACCCAAUCGCCGGCCCCCAUAUUCUGCCCCUCCUACUUUAAUUCUGCUCCUUUCUGCACUCCCCAGCUCUUUGUCCAUCCUGAACACCCCCUCCCAACCCCCCACCCCCCCC